AUGUCCUGUAGGUUCUCUAUAAGAGAUCCACUCAUUGACGAACUGAGCAGCAACUCGCUAAACCCGUGCUUUGUGGCCACUGUUUCAAUAUCUGCCACCAUCGCGCUUGCUAUUUUUUCAUUGAGUCAAUUGUACCUCCUUUUGUUCCGAAACUAUUACGGGCCAUUCAAAAUCAAGUACAGCUUUGGGCAUCCCUUCAAAUCGGAAAGCGUUGGGAUUUUUCAGCUACUCAAAUUAAACUUGGUAGUGACCCAGCUAGCUUUGUAUGCUGUUUUGGUGUUGAGCUUUUCAGGUCUGGGAUUGCUAUUGAACUCAUUGCUUGCCAAUGUGCUCUUACUUGGAGGAAUGAUUUUGCCAUUGCAAGUUAUUGAGCCAACAAGAAGUGUGGUCCCAUUGUCUGCACCAUCAUUGUAUUGGUUCGUCCAAGUCAUCUUCAUGGUUAUGGUCUCAUUACAAGACAACUUUUCCAGUGUUAAAAUCUUUAACCAUAAUUUGCCACUGCAGACUGCCGAAGUGGGCCUUGCUUUGAAUGCAAUGUUAGUUUUAGUGUUUGAAGUGGGGUUGUUUUCCCCCAGUCUGGAGCUAAAACAAUACUACGAAUUGAAUGAUUGGCGCAUUGAAACAGUGCACAACUUUUGGUCAGAGAUUACAUUCAGAUGGUUGGACCCUACUAUAAAAAGCAUUUAUGAAAACCAGACAAUUGACCCGGAAGGAACGCCUCCCUUGCAUUAUGAUCAGAACUGCCAGUACACAUAUGGAAAAACUCUCGAUAAAUGGAAUAAGGAACGUCGUGGGAAGAAAUCAUUAUUCAGGGUGUACCUUGCCUUGCACUCUUCCAGCUUCCUUUUGAUGCUAUUCAUGGAAUGGAUUGCAAUUGCUUCAAACUUGGGACAAGCUUUUUUGUUGCAACAAUUUAUCGUCUACUUUGGCAAUGAAGACCGGAAAUCUCCAGUUGUGGGAUUCGCCAUUGCAACCGCUAUUUUUCUUUGCUCGGUGGGUAAAUACACUUCAAUGAACCGGUUUGCGUCUAUUCAUUUCCGCAUUAGAUCUCAAGUGUACUCGUCAUUAGGCACUUUUGUUUAUCAAAAAGCCAUCAACCUAUCAGCAGAAGCUAGAAAAAACAAAAACAGUGGAGAAAUUAUCAACAACUUGGCUGUUGAUGUCACCAAGAUUUCGCAGUUGGCAAUGUAUGCAUUUGUGGUGAAUUUACCAUUUAGAAUAAUUGUCGGUAUUUGGGCAUUGUAUAGGUUGCUUGGGGUUUCCGCAUUGUUUGGAUUUGCCACGGCAGUGGUUCUUAUUCCAUUGAGCAGCAAAAUCAGCACAUCAAUUUCAGGGCUUGUCAAGAAGAAUAUGAAAAUCAGAGACGAGCGAUUAAAGUUGACUUCAGAGAUUUUACAGUCAAUUAAAAGCAUCAAACUUUAUGCUUGGGAACAACCAAUGUUGAAACGACUCUUUGGGAUCAGAAACGAUAAAGAAUUGGUGAUGGCAAAACGAAUAGGCCAUUUUAAUGCAUUCUCUAUGUUUUUAUGGAACACCAUCCCGUUUGCAAUAACCAUCGCCUGUUUAAUCUCCUUUGUCAAACUCACCAACAUCUCUCUCAUCCCAUCCAUCAUUUUCCCAGCAUUGUCAUUGUUUGAUUUCUUGACUGAACCCAUCAUGCAACUACCUGAUGCCAUUGUUGCAAUAGUAGAGGCAUCCAAUUGUUUUAAAAGAUUGGACAAGUUUUUUUCCAUGAAGGAGAAUGAAUCGAAGGUGAUUAGAUUGGACAAUCCAGUGUUGCCUAAUGAUGUAACAGUAUCUAUAAAAGACGCGACGUUUUCAUGGGAUAGCGAGAAUAUAGCUUUAUCAAACAUAGACUUCAAUGCCAAAAGUGGCCAACUCACAUGCAUUGUUGGCAAAGUAGGUACCGGCAAAACAGCACUCAUUAAAGCAAUACUAGGAGAAGUACCAAUUUCUAAAGGUUCGGUUUCAGUGAACGGAUCUAUUGCUUAUUGUGCGCAACAACCAUGGAUUCAAAAUGCAACGGUCCGGGAAAAUAUUCUAUUUGGCAAACAGUUUGAUGACCGGUUUUACAACAAAGUUGUAGCUGCAUGCCAGUUGGCCAUUGAUUUGGAGAUCUUGCCCGAAGGUGACGCCACAAUGGUUGGUGAAAAGGGGAUUGCAUUGAGCGGCGGACAGAAAGCGAGAAUCUCAUUAGCUCGAGCUGUAUACUCUAGAGCCGACAUCUACUUAUUAGAUGAUGUACUUUCUGCUGUUGAUGCACAUGUUGGAAAAAGCAUCAUACGAGAUGUGAUCCGAGGGUUACUUUCUGACAAGACCGUCAUCUUGGCAACAAAUGCAAUCAAUGUUUUGCGAUACUCUCAGGGGAUGGUGUUGUUACAAGAUGGCGUGGUUGCAGAAGGAGGAAGUUACAAAAAAGUCAUGGCACAAGGGUUGGAACUAGCUAGACUCAUCAACGAGCACAGCGGUGACGUAGAACACGAAGAGGAUACCCGUAGAAGGUCCAGUGUUGUAUCAACUAAAAGUGUUGAGGAAGGCAAGAGUGCAGACAAACUGGGCCCUUCCCGAGAGACAAGAGCCAAGGGUCAUGUCAAGUUGAGCGUUUACCUCGAAUACUUUAAAGCUUGCAACUUCCCCAUGAUCAUUUUGUAUGUGCUUAUCUACGCUGUAAAUGUAACUUGCAAUAUUGGUGCCAAUUACAUCCUCAAAUACUGGUCAGAAAUUAACCUCAACAAAGGGAGCAAUACGCGCGUCCUGUUUUACCUAGCUGUGUAUGCCGCGACAGGUAUUACAGGUGCCGCGUGUAUGCUUGCUGCUGCUCUGAUCAUGUGGAGCUACUGCGUUAUCCGUGGAUCGAGAUAUUUCCACGACAAAAUGGCAAAAUCUGUUUUGCGCAGCCCGAUGCAAUUUUUUGAAACAACGCCAAUAGGUCGAAUCUUGAACCGGUUUGCUGAUGAUAUGAAUGUUGUUGAUCAGCAGCUUAUUUGGUCGAUCUUGGCGGUUAUUGACUACGGUUUGCUUGCAAUUGGUGUUCUUUCAGUGGUGGUGUUUAAUCUCCCCAUCAUGAUUGUGGUGAUUCUAAUACUCUUGGCGAUUUUCAAUCGAAUCAGGGUGUACUACAUUCCAUCAACACGCGAGCUCAAGAGGUUGGUGAGUACUUGUAGGAGUCCGUUGUUUUCACACUUGCUGGAAUCCGUCAAUGGUGUAGAAACAAUUCGAGCAUUUGGGCAAGACAGAAAAUUUUCCAGACUCAAUGACAAAAUAACCAACAAGUUUAUUAGAGUACAGUAUACAAUGUUGUCGUGCAAUCGGUGGUUGUCAAUGAGGUUGCAAACAAUAUCAGCUGUCAUCCUUUACUCCUCAUCGUUGCUCAUUUUAGCAACAUUGGGCACAUCGCACGAAUUGAGUUCUGGAUUGGUUGGAUUUGUGUUGGUGAAUGCAUUAAGUAUCAGCAAUGCUCUCAGUAUGAUUAUCCGAGGCUGGGCAGACAUUGAAACGAGAUCCGUAUCAUUGGAAAGAGUGAUUGAGUAUUGUGGAUUGACGCCAGAGGCAGCUGAAAUUGUCAAGUAUCGACCACCAAGCAAGUGGCCAAGCAAAGGUGAGAUACAGUUCAAACAUUACUACACAAAAUACAGGCAGGAUCUUGAACCAGUGUUGAAAGACAUCAACCUUAGUAUCAAACUGCGUGAAAAGAUUGGUGUUGUUGGCAGAACUGGUGCUGGAAAGUCAACCUUGACAAUGGCAUUAUUUCGUAUUGUCGAAGCAACUUCUGGUCAUAUUGAGCUUGAUUCAGAAGCUACCGAUAAACUUGGACUCUAUGAUUUGCGCAGCCUGUUGAACAUCAUACCUCAAGACUCAAAUGUUGUUGAAGGAACCGUGCGUGACAACUUAGACCCCUUGAAUAAGCACACUGACGAAGAAUUAUGGGAUGUUUUGAGAUUAGCUCACUUAAAAGAUCAUGUUGAGCAAUUAGUUAGCAAACAUGGUGAUGAAGACAGAGUAGGACUUGCUUCAAUGAUUUUCGAAGGUGGGUCUAACCUAUCAGCGGGACAGCGUCAAUUGCUUUCAUUGGCAAGGGCUUUAUUAAACAAAUCAAACGUUUUGGUCUUGGAUGAGGCAACUGCCUCGAUCGAUGUUGAAACUGAUAGAAUAGUCCAAAACACAAUCAGAACUGAGUUCAAAGACAAGACAAUUUUGACAAUUGCACACCGAUUGGAGGCCAUAUCUGAUAGUGAUAAAGUAUUGGUUCUUGAUAAAGGUGAGGUGAAGGAGUUCGACUCUCCUGUCAAUUUGUUGAAGGAUGGGACAUCCAUGUAUCGUGCGUUGUGCGUGGAAGCUGGAUUAGUAAACAAGUAG